CCUAGAGAACAGGUCUACUGCUGUUUUUUGCUCGCUCCCGAAGAAACAGUAAUGCUGAUAACAUUGUCUCGCUAGAUGAUUGCGCCUGUUAAUAGUUAACGUGCAGGUAGAUGUCGAUGUGUCCCUGCGUUAUGAAAAGAAAAGCUAACAUGGUUUGCCCCACUGAAAUGGCUAAAUGAAGCUAGCUGUAUUCUAAACCGUUAGCACUAGCUGCGCUGCGCUGCGCAUACAGUACAGUAUUCAUCUAGCUCGCGUGUGGUGUCACUGUUCGAUGCUGUGGAGUGUUAGACUAUAUAUAGCCAGCCGCAUAUGGGGCGAGAUCACUGAGAGAGCAAUGCUGAGCUGAUCUCUUGCACCUUGGGCAUUAAUUCAAACUUCACAUUCUCAGUUCCUGCACAGAACAAAACGAUACAAUGUAUCAUCACUCCUGUCACAUAGAUAUACUGUUUCCUAUAUUUAUGUCUUAUCUUGUCUGAAGAUCUGCUUUGUAUCAAAGUAUUGCUUAGACAGUUUCCCCACAUGAUUCUGGGUUUAAGCUGAUUUUACCAACCCAAAUCACUAUACACUAUCUUCAACUUGCUCACAGACAUCUUCUAAAUUGUGAUCACUGCUGGGACGAUUGCGAAAUCGCUGCCAUGACUGACAUUCUGGAGUUUAGUGACAUCUAUCAGGAGGUCAAGGGUUCCUGGAACGAUGGGCGUCUGCGAUUCAGCAAGCAGAUGGUGGUGUAUAAAAGCAGUAAGACAGGCAAGGUGGACAGUAUCCCUGUCUCAGAGCUCAGUCAGGCCCAGUGGAGGAGAGUCUGCCUGGGUUACGGUAUCAAACUCUCGACCAGCACUGGACACAUCUUUAAAUACGAUGGCUUCAAAGAUACUGACUUUGAAAAAAUCUCAGAGUAUUUCAAGGAUAAUUACAAAGUGGAACUGACUGAGAAAGACAUGUGUGUAAAAGGCUGGAACUGGGGCACUGCCAAGUUCAAUGGCCCGUUGCUGUCGUUUGAAGUAAGUGACACUCCUGUGUUUGAGAUCCCUCUUUCCAGUGUAUCCCAGUGUACUACUGGAAAAAACGAAGUCACUUUAGAGUUUCAUCAGAAUGAUGAUACAGAGGUAUCACUCAUGGAGGUGCGUUUUUACGUCCCUCCUAGUACAGGAGACGAGGGGGCAGACCCCGUAGAGGCAUUUGCAGAGAAUGUUCUUUCUAAGGCAGAUGUGAUCCAGGCUACAGGAGACGCUGUGUGUAUUUUCAGAGAGCUGCAGUGCCUCACACCCAGGGGAAGAUAUGACAUUCGUAUCUACCCCACCUUCCUGCAUCUGCAUGGUAAAACAUUUGAUUACAAGAUCCCGUACACCACAGUGCUGCGCCUCUUCUUGCUCCCCCAUAAAGACCAGAGACAGAUGUUCUUUGUGAUCAGUCUGGAUCCUCCCAUUAAACAGGGACAAACCCGCUACCACUUUCUCAUCCUGCUGUUUUCCAAGGACGAAGACAUCAACCUCACCCUCAACAUGAGCGAAGAGGAGGUAGAGAGGCGGUUUGAGGGAAAGCUGAGUAAGAACAUGUCUGGCUCCCUAUAUGAGAUGGUCAGCAGGGUUAUGAAAGCUCUAGUCAACAGGAAGAUCACGGUUCCUGGAAACUUCCAAGGUCACUCUGGUGCUCAGUGCAUCACUUGCUCCUAUAAGGCCAGCUCAGGUCUGCUCUACCCUCUGGAGAGAGGCUUCAUCUAUGUUCACAAGCCCCCGGUGCACCUGCGCUUUGAGGAGAUUGCUUGUGUGAACUUUGCCAGAGGCACCACCACCACACGCUCCUUUGACUUCGAAAUUGAGACCAAACAAGGCAGUCAGUACACCUUCAGCAGUAUUGAGAGAGAAGAGUAUGGAAAGUUGUUUGACUUUGUCAAUGCUAAGAAAUUGAGCAUCAAGAACAGAGGCUUCAAAGAGGCUAUGAAGGUCAGAGAUGACAUGUACAGUGAUUCAGAUGAUGAUCAGCAUGAUGCUUACCUGGAGCGUAUGAAGCAGGAGGGGAAGAUCCGUGAGGAGGCCAACGACAGUGAUGAUUCAGAGGCUGGCAGUGAUGAGUCAUUUAAUCCUGGAGAUGAAGAUGACGAUGUUGCAGAAGAGUAUGACAGUAAAGCCUCGGCUAGUGAAAGUAGUGCUGAAGAUGCAAACAGUGAAGAAGACAGAAAGAAGAAACCAGUCAAGAAGGCCAAAACUGUAAGGGAGGGAAAGCACAAAAAAGAGGUAAACAAGAAGAAGAAGAAGGACAGCAGCGCCCCCAAGAGGCCAAUGAGUGCCUAUAUGCUGUGGCUAAACUCCAGCAGAGAUCGCAUUAAAGCUGAAAACCCUGGAAUCUCAGUCACUGAGAUUUUAAAGAAGGCCGGUGAGAUGUGGAAGCAGCUGAGCAAAGACAGGAAAGAGGAGUGGGAAGCCAAAGCUGAGGAAGCAAAAAAAGAAUACGAGCGAGCGAUGAGAGAGUACAGAGAAAGCAGCGGAGGCACCUCAAAAAAGGCAAGAAAGAAAGGAAGAAAGAAUGAGGAUAGGAAGAAGAAAAAGUUAGGUGGAGGAAAGGAGAGAGAGAGGAACAGGCCAGCUGGGAAUGAGAGCUUUAAGAGUCCAGAGUUCAUCUCCAGUGAAGAGAGUUCAUCUGAGUCCAAUCACGGAAAGGGACGCAAGCGCAAGGGCUCGGAUGAUGAAGAGAAACAAGCGACCAGCACUCCCAGCUCUGAGGAGUCUGGAUCUGACUGAGACACUGAUGGCAAAACAGAGCAUUAAAGAAAGAGACAGUCAAUGUCUUUCACAUUCUCUCUCCUUGUGCUAUUUUUACCAUUUCAAUAAGUAUUCUAUAGAACAGAAGCUAACAAGUAUUACUCGCUAACCUGCUUACCUUUGAUGUUUCUAUGAUUUCUAGCAAGUAUGUCAUAUAUGGUGUGUAUACAAUCUAUCCAUCCAUAUAGGAACCUCUGUAGUCCAGCUAGGGACUGUGGAGGCCAAUGGUGACCAGUGGAGGCCAAUGGGGAUCAUCGUAUUUAUUCCCAAUUUGGACAACCAUGCUAGGACCUCCCGUCAACUCUCACAUGCACAUUCAUGUGUGAAUACAGUGGGGUUCAACAGUCUGAGACCACAUAGAUUUUUAAGUAAAAGCAAAGAUGCACAAUGUUGCAGAAUUUCUAGUACCAUAUUUACAUUUAAGAACCUUUCUGAUCUUGACCAUGUUAACUUCUUUGGACAAAAGAUCAAAUUGGAUGCCACUGUAUGUCUUCUGAUUUAAAUAGGUCUGAUUAUUAUAAACAGGAUGUCGAACUCAAGUCUUAGAGUGCUGCACUGUGUUCUCUCUUCUAACUCAGAUUCAUAUUACAAAGCCAUUGGAAAUUAACUGAUAUAAGUAACUGAUAAUAAGUUGAUAAAUAAAGCUAAAUGCUGUACCCUAAGGUGAUGUAACCAUUUAAGACUGGAGUCUGAUACCCCUUAGAUCCAGUGUUACUUCUACUGCGUUUAGAAAGUUAAAGGAUUGUUGGGCAUGUUUUGCUAUUAUGUAUUACACCACAGUAUUGUUAAAGUCUCCAUUGUGAUUGGUCAGAAGGUGUUGUAAUAAUUUUCUUUUACAGGAAUUUUUUUUUUUUAACCAUGUUUUUUUUUUUGUGGUCAUUUUAAUACAUUAUAAUUUCUGCAGUAACAACUUACUCAAUGCUAGUUGUAUAGUGGAUCUUCUCAAUUAACUUUUUUUUUCGUUUUUAUUGUUUAUAUGAUAAAAUUUCUUGAGAAGACAAUUUUUAUUUAAUAUUUUUAAAGAAGUCGAUAGUGCCAACACUUUGUUUAAGUAGAGGCGAGGAUGCAGAUGCAAACGUUCAAAACCAAAUGAGACUGAGAAACAGAAACUAGUUGAACUCGAAGUGCUCACAUUCAAUAACGCAACAGAAGCCAGACAAAGAUAAAUGGAAAAUCUGAACUUAAGUAUAAAAAAUAAAUAUAAAUAAACACACUCCAGAUGCAGGUGUUAUCAGGGGCAUGCAGCAAGUGGUCCAGUGCCUUCAUGGUGCUUCCCUGAUAUAACCCUGCUCCUUAGGCAAAGCUUCUGACAAAUUAAGGUGUCUCAGCUAUUAGUGACCAGCCAUUAAUGACCAGCAUGCCGCUCACCGCAAAGCUGUUGUUGAAUGUUGAGGGGAACAGAUGAAGGGAAUUCUUAGGACUGUAAGUGAGAAACAGUGUGUAGCAAGAGAGAAGCAACUUCAAAAAAAAAAGGAGAGUGAAGGAACAAGGGCUGGGAAGCUAGAUAACAUUUUCAAUGGUGGGACAGGACCAUUGCAGGAAGACAGCGCGAUGUUCUCAGAGGUGUCAGAUGAUGCAGGGACAGGAAUAUGGGAUGAUGGCCCAGUCGAAGCAGUGUACUCAGUAGGGCAGGGUGAGGGUAAAGAGGUGCAGAUGUCCUCACCGAAAGCAGGGGAUUUGGUGGAUUAAACCCAGGCCUGUUUCUCUUUUUCUUGGGUCUGCUACAUCCUCUUCUUGGUCUUGCUUUCUGUCGAAAUAAAGAAGAGAUGAGGAUGCAGGUGCAGACUUCACUUUAAUGAUGAUUAAAAUAAUCACUUCAAAACCAAACGAGGCUAGAAAACUAGAACAAAGUGCUAACAUUAAACAACACAAGAAAAAUGGCAAAGACACAGGUAAACAGAAAACCCAGGACUUAAAUAGACAUUAUGUUAUGGUAAUAACACGCAAAAAUAUGAUGUGCCAUUGUUUAAUAAAUACAAAUUCAUUGGCAAAUAAGGGAAAUAAAAAUAGCAACAUAAUGAAUGUGGUAACAGGAAGUAGCUUGUUUCACAGAUGUAUCUCUGCAAUAAAAAUAUCUGUAACCAGACAAAGACACACAAAAAAAAAACAGACACCUGACGUGUCAUUGAUUAGUACACUUUUUUAUGUUGUUUAAUGUUGUAAAAUUCUCAAAUUGCUGAGAUAUAAGAGCAAUAACACACUUUGGAAUAGACUGUUACUGAAAAAUUAUCAGAUUAGUGGUAAUAUCACCCCACCAUGGCUUUGAUUAUUUCCCAGUAACAGCACACCCCGAAGUGUUCUAUUCCUUACAUAAUGAGAAUUAGACUACCCCAUUGCACUUUUACAUCAUGGCUUAUAAUUGUUUUUUAAAAGUAUAUGCUGUAAGUAGGUAGGUGUUUAUAUUAUCCUGUUGUUCAUUAUUAUCCUUGUCAUUUUAAACUGGUAGUUAUUGAUGCUUGGUGUGAUCUGACAUGUUUUCUGGAUAUUUAGUCUGGACAACAGACGGAAUGUUUGAAACAAAUCUCAUUAAAACCCCAUUUUAUACACGGAGCAAA